CUUCUGCCUGCAAUCGAAAUUAGUCAACUAAGCUCAAGUCGAGUAAGAUGGCGACGCCCACUGCUCUGUUAGUUUCCUGCUCUCCCAGCAUAGACGCUCAUAGCAUUAUGAAAAAAAUCACAGAAAAUGAUGCUGGAACACCGUUCACCCCCAUUGCAGAAGAAGUUGAAGGCUACCCAUGGCAGCUCAGCAACAAGUACUACACUGCUGACAUCCUGAUCUGCAUUGCAGAGCCUUGCAUCAUGGGGUCACUCUCUCUAGGGGAAUCCAUGGAGGGCAUUGUGAUUGCUAUGGAUGAUAAGGUGGAAAGUUUCAAGACUGCUAAAUCUCAGUGGGCCAUAGUAAAGGAGAUCAACCCAGAAGUCAGAAUUCUAGCUUGUAAACAAUUUACUAAAACACCAGGAGUGUCAAAGCAAGUCAUCUUGGAGUGGUGCCUGGAAAAUAGCUUUGAGCUGGUGGAGUUAGAAAGGCCCGAGAAUGAAGAUGAUGAAGAAGAAGAUGGAUUUGGUGUAGAGCCGUAUGGUGUGGAGAGGAUAGUCUCAGCUUUGCAUGCACACACAUGGUCCAAUCUAGAGAUGAAAGAUGACAAUGGAUCAAACUUGUUGAGACUUCAAGAGAGAUUUGGAGAGAAUGACAACAGAACUGAAUCAGAAAACCACACGUCUUCCAAUGAUGCCUCUAUGCAAGGAUAUAUUCCUCUCUGUGGGAUGGAUGAACUCAGCUCACAAGAGUCUCAAAAUUCCCAAACGGAACAAGACAACUCCCAAACAGAACAAGACAAUUCCCAAACGGAACAAGACAAUACACAAACGACCACAGAAAACGCUGAAUCAGCUUCCGCAGACAAUGAUAAUGUGAGGACUACUACAUCUACCAGUGUUGAGGGAAGGAGGAAAAACGAUGGUGGGGUUCGGGAUGCUGGUAGUCAUGGCAAAAGCAAUGAUCCUCAAGCAUCAUCUGGGGCAACGAGUGCACUUCCAGAAGGAGCCGACGCCAGUGCGAGUGAUGCAAAGCCAGAGAAAGCUAAAAAGGAAGCUACAGCUGGUCCUGAUAAAAUAGAUGCUAUGCUUAAUGAGGAUAAGAAGAUCUUUGAAGCUCUCGGGAAUGAAGACCCAGGGAUGGAAUCGUUUGAACAACUCUUCUCCAGGAUGACCUACAUGAAAGACAAAGCAGAAACUUUGGAGGGUGAGGAGAGGAGACAGUAUGCCGAGAAAGUGGCUGUUGCAUUCUGGAAAGCGAUAGGAGGAGAUGAAGGAGAGAUAGAUGGACUCGGUGAUGAUUCAGACUAACAAUAGAGAAGAAGGAGGAGGUAUGAGUGAAGAGGUGGGUGUCGCCUUCUGGAGAGCGAUAGGAGGAGAUGAAGAAGAGAUAGAUGGACUGGGUGAUGAUUCAGACUAAUGAUGGAGGACCAUAAGAAGGAAAGUGAGAUAGGAGGACUAAUGAUGAAGGAGCAGAAGAAGGAUGGUUGGAAGAGACAAAGGAGAGAUUGAUGGACUUCAUGAUGGUUCACAUUGAUAAUGGAGGAGCAUGGGGAGGAUAGAAGAAGGAGGGAUAGAUGAAGGGGCGAAUGUCCCAUUCUGGAGAGAAAUAGGUUGGGACAAAGCAGAGAUAGAUGGACUCGGUGACAAUUAAGACUAACAAUGAAGGAGUAAAAGGAGGAUGGCAGGAGGAGCUGAAGGAGAGAUUGAUGAACUUGAUUACGGUUCACAUUAAUGAUGUAGGAGCAUGAGUAGGAUAAAAGAAGAUGAAGGAGGGAUAAAUGAAGAAGUGACUGUUGCUUUCGAGAGAGCAAUAGGAGGAGAUGAAGCAGAGAUAGAUGGACUGAAUGGUGAUUCACAUUAAUGAUAAAGGAGCAUGAGGAGGAUAGAAGAAGAUGAAG